AGCCUGGGCGACAGAGCGAGACUCUGUCUCAAAAAAAAAAAAAAAAAGAUAGCAUGAUAUGAUGUAGUGGUUUAAAAUUUGUUUAAAGCAACUGUACUCUAACUUUCAAAUGAAAUCUUGUGCUGGAAUUCCAGCUUUUGCAGCAGAUAAAAUCCAAGCUGUGCUGGGGAUUGGGAUGGAGACCAGAACUUAAUCAGCAUGGCCAGCUACUUCUUCCCUUUGAAACUCUGAAGCACUUCCAAAUAAUCCAAAGAUCAGCAUAUAUAUUUGCCUACCAGAUAUUUCUAAAUGGAUAUCUUAAUAGCCACUCAAAACCAAACUGCUUGAUAAGGGGAUUAAUAUCCAGAAUAUAUUAAGGAACUACAACUCAGCCACAAGAAACAACCUAAUUCAAAAAUGGCAAAGGACUUGAAUAAACAUUUCUCCAGAGACAAUGUACAGAUGACCAAUAAGCACAAGAAAAGAUGCUCAACAGCACUAAUUAUUAGAGUAAUGAAAAUCAAAACCACAAUGAAAUACUACUUCACACCCAUUAGGAUGGUUAUUAUUUUUUUAAAAAGCCGGAAAAUAACAAAUGUUGGCAAGGAUGUGGAGAAGUUGGAACCAUUUGGAAAUACAAAAUGGUGUAGCUUUUGUAGAAAACAGUAUGGCAGUUCCUCAAAAAAUUAAACAUAGAAUAACCAUAUGAACCAGAAAUUCUGCUUCUGGGUGUAUAACCAAAAUAAUUGAAAGCAGGGAAUUGAACAGAUAUUUAUACAAUCAUGUUUUACAGCAGCAUUAUUCACAAUAGGUAGAAGAUGGAAACAACCUAAGUGUCCAUCGACAGAUGAAUGGAUAAACAAAAGGUGGUCUAUCUUCCUUCCUUCCUUCCUUCCUUCCUUCCUUCCUUCCUUCCUGUCUUUCUAUCUACAGGAAAUGUCAUUUAGCCCUGAAAAGGAAGGAAAUCCUGAUACAUGCUACAACAUGGAUGAAUGUUAAAGAUUAUGCCAAGUGAAUAAGCCAGACACCAAAGGAUAACCAUUAUAUGAUUCCACUUAUAUGCAGUAUUUAGGACACUUAUAAAGGAGUGAGGAAAGCACGAUUAGGAGGGCAGAGAAGUCGAAUUGAUGGAAUCGCAACGGAGACUUCAGUCAAUCCUAUGGGGAGCUCUGCAGCUGGGAUGGCACUUGAGAAUUAUCUGGAAAUAGAUGUGGGCUGACCUGAGAGAGAAGAGGCAUAACCCUGGGUGGGGUAUUUUUCUUUAUGUGGUAGAGAUGAAGGUGAACUACACUGUUUCUCUUCAGGGAACUACUUGCUGCCCAGCUGCCGGAAGUGCUUUCAUCAGACAGCUUCCAACUGUCAGCUGAUUCACGGUCUGUCUCAGCAGCAGAGAUCUGCUUCAUCUGAGGUCAUACUUUUCUAGGGGCAGCCUGCAAAUGACUGAGCAAGGCUUUCAUCUGAGUGGCACAGUAACUGAGCUGGCCACUACCUCUGAACCAGCAGUGACUUACAAAGUUGCAAUCAGUUUUGAUCGAUGCAAAAUCACCUCAGUGACAUGUGGCUGUGGGAACAAGGACAUAUUCUACUGUGCCCAUGUGGUAGCGCUCUCACUCUACAGGAUCCGUAAACCAGAACAAGUCAAAUUGCGUCUUCCUAUCUCCGAAACCCUUUUCCAGAUGAAUAGGGACCAGCUACAAAAGUUUAUUCAAUAUUUAAUCACGGCACACCACACUGAAGUUCUUCCUACUGCACAGAAACUGGCAGAUGAGAUUCUAUCCUCCAACUCAGAAAUCAACCAAGUGAACGGUGCCCCUGACCCCACAGCUGGGGCCAGCAUUGAUGAUGAGAACUGUUGGCAUUUGGAUGAAGAACAGGUGAAAGAACAAGUGAAGCUUUUUCUCUCCCAGGGUGGUUACUGUGGCUCUGGAAAGCAACUCAACUCAAUGUUUGCCAAGGUUCGAGAAAUGCUGCGGAUGAGAGAUUCCAAUGGAGCAAGGAUGCUGACACUAAUAACUGAGCAGUUUAUGGCCGACCCACGACUCACACUCUGGAGGCAGCAAGGAACAAACAUGACAGACAAGUGCAGGCAGCUCUGGGAUGAGCUAGGAGCUUUAUGGGUGUGCAUAAUUUUAAAUCCACACUGCAAACUGGAGGAGAAAUCCUGCUGGCUGCAGCAGCUGCAGAAGUGGAAUGACCUGGAUGUCUGUCCCCUGGAGGAUGGAAACUAUGGACAUGAGCUGCCCAACAUCACCAAUGCACUUCCCCAGAGUGCCAUUCACAGCCCAGACUCCUUAUCCAGACCAAGACGAACAGUAUUCACUAGAGCCAUUGAGGGCCGUGAAUUACAUUGGCAGGAUAGCCACCUACAGCGAAUAAUCAGCAGUGAUGUUUAUACAGCUCCUGCCUGCCAGAGGGAAAGUGAAAGACUACUCUUUAAUUCCCAAGGCCAGCCACUGUGGCUUGAGCAUGUGCCUACAGCCUGUGCUCGGGUUGAUGCCCUACGUUCCCAUGGUUAUCCAAAAGAGGCCCUCAGACUCACAGUGGCCAUUAUUAAUACUCUGAGGUUGCAGCAGCAGCGGCAACUGGAAAUCUACAAGCAUCAGAAGAAAGAACUGUUGCAGAGAGGAACCACAACCAUCACAAACCUGGAGGGCUGGGUGGGCCAUCCCCUGGAUCCCAUUGGCUGCCUGUUUCUCACUUUGACUGAGGCCUGCCGCCUGAAUGAUGAUGGCUAUCUGGAGAUGUCAGAUAUGAAUGAAAGCAGACCCCCUGUGUACCAGCAUGUACCUGUGGCUGCAGGUUCCCCAAACAGCAGUGAGUCCUACCUGUCAUUGGCCCUGGAAGUUGCAUUGAUGGGCCUGGGUCAACAGAGGGUAAUGCCUGAAGGCCUGUACGCACAGGACAAGGUAUGCCGUAAUGAGGAGCAGCUCCUGAGCCAACUCCAAGAGCUGCAGCUGGACGAUGAGCUAGUGCAAACACUGCAAAAACAGUGCAUCUUACUGCUGGAAGGAGGUCCUUUCAGCGGUCUGGGAGAAGUCAUCCACCGAGAGAGUGUUCCCAUGCAUACCUUUGCCAAGUAUUUGUUCUCAGCUCUGCUGCCUCAUGAUCCAGAACUGUCCUAUAAAUUAGCCUUACGUGCCAUGAGGUUACCUGUUUUAGAAAACUCAGCUUCUGCAGGCGACACAUCCCACCCUCACCAUAUGGUGUCUGUGGUGCCCAGCCGUUAUCCUCGCUGGUUCACGCUUGGACACUUGGAAUCACAGCAGUGUGAACUGGCCUCCACCAUGCUGACUGCUGCCAAAGGAGACACUUUGAGACUCCGAACAAUUCUAGAAGCAAUACAGAAGCACAUUCAUUCUUCCUCCCUCAUUUUCAAACUGGCCCAAGAUGCAUUCAAGAUUGCUACUCCCACUGACAGUAGUACUGACAGCACCCUGCUCAACGUUGCGCUGGAACUUGGGUUACAGGUGAUGCGGAUGACCUUAUCAACCCUUAACUGGAGACGCAGGGAGAUGGUACGAUGGUUGGUGACCUGUGCUACAGAAGUGGGUGUGCGGGCCCUGGUGAGCAUCUUGCAGAGCUGGUACACACUCUUCACCCCUACUGAGGCUACUAGUAUUGUAGCUGCCACAGCAGUAUCCCACACCACUAUCCUGCGCCUCAGUCUUGACUAUCCACAGCGGGAGGAACUGGCUAGCUGUGCUCGCACACUGGCCCUACAGUGUGCUAUGAAGGAUCCACAGAGCUGUGCCCUGUCAGCCCUUACACUCUGUGAGAAAGACCACAUUGCCUUUGAGGCAGCCUACCAGAUUGCCAUUGAUGCUGCUGCUGGUGGUAUGACCCAUUCACAGCUGUUCACCAUCGCCCGCUACAUGGAGCUCCGUGGCUACCCGCUACGUGCCUUCAAGCUGGCCUCAUUGGCCAUGAGCCAUCUUAACCUGGCCUACAACCAGGAUACUCACCCAGCCAUCAAUGAUGUGCUCUGGGCUUGUGCUCUCAGCCACUCUCUGGGCAAGAAUGAGCUGGCAGCUCUCAUCCCCUUGGUGGUGAAGAGUGUGCACUGUGCCACAGUGCUUUCAGACAUCUUACGACGCUGCACAGUGACUGCACCUGGCCUGGCCGGCAUCCCAGGCCGCCGCAGCUCUGGAAAGCUCAUGUCCACUGACAAAGCUCCAUUGCGCCAGUUGCUGGAUGCCACCAUCAAUGCCUAUAUCAACACUACACACUCACGCCUAACACACAUCAGCCCUCGCCACUAUGGAGAGUUCAUUGAGUUUCUAAGCAAGGCUCGGGAGACCUUCCUGCUGCCCCAGGAUGGCCACCUGCAGUUUGCCCAGUUCAUCGACAACCUCAAACAGAUCUACAAAGGCAAGAAAAAGUUGAUGCUGCUGGUGCGAGAGCGCUUUGGCUGAGAGAGCAGAUAGCUCACCGCCAGAGCAGCCUGGGUUCCCAGGUAGUAUCAGGUCAGGCCAAGGGCACUGAAACAUUUGUCCACCCUGAGAGAACUCUGAGCAUCUGUGGCUGAGGCCAAAGGACCACAGGGCUAAGGAUGGGGAAAGUCCAACUCUAGUCGAUAUGCCUACCUUGGCAAGCUUCUGACUACAGCCUACUGUUCAUGGAGGAGCUGGGCCCUGCAGAUCGACCAGAAACCCCACAACAUGCCACCUCAUGCCCCUAUAUCCUGCGUGUCCUGAGCAUUGGCCCUGUCUCCCUUGGCAAACACAGAACACUGUUCCAUCUCAGGGAUUGCUUAACCAGAGAAACAGACACAUUUAUGGGACUGUAAAUAUUAUAUGUGUUGCUAAUUAUUGUAAACUUGUAAGUAUUUAUAAUUCUGCUUCUGAUUGGAUGGGCACUUGAAGUAGCUGUGGGUAGGAGGAUAUGCUUAUUUUCUGAGGAGACUCACAACCAUUUCUCAGGUUUCCCUUGCAGAGUGUUUGCUGGUAGCAGUGGAAGAGUGAGGGUGCCAAGGAGAAAAAUGGCCAGUUAGAAUCAACCCAAGUCUAGUCUAUGCAGAAUCCCCCACCUACAGACAGGGCAUUUAUAGCCCAGUGGUGAGGGACAGAGGCCAGGACUGGACUUAAGACUUUUGCCUCACAAAAUUAUGAGGACGUUGAAGCUCCUGCCUCACACAGCCUCUUCAGGAGCCUGCUGAACGCCUGAGAAACAAGUGCAGGGAGAAUGUGAAGGUCUGGGAAGCCGCUGAGUUCAUAAUAUUCAUCUAGUGUGGUCACCUUUGUGUUAGAGAGUGUGUGGUUUCAUCUAUAAUCGUGUGUGUGUAUCUUUAUGGCUAAGUACGUGUCUAUGUGCAUAGAUACAUCUGUGCAUGCCUGUCUGUAUGUGCACAUAUAUAUUUAUAUGUAUAUGUCAGCUCUAUGGCUGUGUACCUGUGUGAAUAUGUGCACACUGGACUGUGAGUUUCUACAUGAGGAUAUACACAUUUUGCGUACAUGUGAGGAUGCACAUCUUUGUGCAAAUGCACUCAUGUUUGUGCAUGUUUAGUGUGUAUAUCUGGGUACAUGAGUGCAUGUGUAUCAACAUGUUUGUAUCUGUGUCUUUAUAUGUGUAACUGAGCGUAUAUCUACAUGUAGGGAUGUCUGUGUAUUCAUGUUUGAGGAUCUGCAUCAAUGUGUCCUUUGUUUUUGCCAGAUUUCUCUUUCCCAUUCCUCUUAAAUCUCUCUCACCAGCUAAACGUUUGUUCCCCAUCUCUGUGCCUCCUCUAUUCAUUCUCUCACCAAACAAACUUCUAAGCACCAGUCUCCCUCUGCCAUCAGAUUGGCUGCUUUAGCUCCACAGUUCUCGUCUAGCCCCAUACUUGCUUUCUUCCCCUGCCUUUCUACCUCAAGCUUCCUUGCCUGCUUUUGUCACAGUCUCAUUGCUCGCUGACUUGGAGGUUAGGGCUGGUCUGCACUUAGCCUCUCCAUUCCUAAUUUCUAGCCCUAGUGGGCAGCCCUCUUAGCCCUGGCUGACCUCCACAGUGUAUCAUGUUCCUGCUACCUUCCUGACCCCUGUGCUCGGCCUGGAAUUGUUAUAGGAGGUAGCAAGGGCAUUCAGAAGAGUCAGUUGGAACCAGUGUCUUGGUGUUUACUGUUUCAUGUCUUAGUUCCUGAGUUGGGGGGUGGGGUUUGAUAGGGAAGGGGUGGUAUAGCUAGAAUGUGAACUAAGAACUUCUCCAUCUGCUUUACUUUUUCUUUCUUUGACAAACUGUCACCUUUUUUACUCCAAACUGACCAAGAAGUUGUAUUUGCCGUUUGUGGCUACUCAAGUCUUACUGUCCAGCCAAGGGCCCCUAUGUCUCAGCCCAAUGGGUUGGUUAAAAAAAAGAGAGAAGCCACUCUCAUUUCUGUAUCACAGUUGCCCUUUUUUAGCAAGUGUGUGAAUUCACAGUGCUUUUCUAUGAAUAAAUCAUGGAUCACAUAAAAGAUCAUUUUUCUAAAAGCAGAAAUUGUGUUCUCUCAUUAAAUGAAACCCAUCUCUCCUUUCUGCAUUGCCCUGGCUGGGCCAGGGAGCUGGUUCAGCCUACAGCACAGUGGGUGCCUAGUGGUCCAGGGAGAUGCAGAAUGACAG